AUGUCGCUCGCCCGCUCCAAAGGACUCUCGCCCGACAAGCUCUCGUGCGAUCCGGCCUACUUCGAGCUCGAGAAAGUCGGCGGAGCCUUCAACCCGAUGGCAGAGAGCCAGCGUGAAAACGGUAUCCAGCAGCGGGUGCUCCCUGAGAACGUCUACACCGCAGCCAUCGUCGCCUGGCUCAACAACGAGAGCGCAUCCGAGGCGGCGAUCGGCGCCGCGUUCUUUACUGCGCCGCCAGUCGCCCUCACAAUCUUCCUCCAAGUGACGCUGACUUACUACCUCCAAGUCGGUGUCAAGGACUACGAUGGAGACCUCGAAGCGGUGUGCUUGACCGACCACAGAAUGCUGCUGUAUACGGGCCUCUCCGCCUUCGUCGGCCUCUCGCUCGGCAAUCUCUACACCAUCCUCGAGGCCCACAACUGGCUGCAAAUGUUUGGGUCGUGUGAGCGGCACGAGGAGCUAAUGCUCCAAAAGUACCUUCUCAAGCCAACGCCGCAAGCGCCCACCGGCACCGGCAAGGAGGAGAGCGGCAAGGAGGAGUCGUCUGUCUACCCUGACUGUGUGGAUGAGGCGAUGGACGGCGUGGCGCGGAGCAUGGAGGGUGGUCUCGGUGAGGCGAUGGGGACCGACGACAUGCGCGGCGUGUGUCGCCCUCAGAGCGGCAUCACUCCGUGCGCACGCGCGAGCUUCUACGCAUUCCUGCUUCUGCCCUGGGCCGCGGUGACGGUGGGGGUCCUCUUUGCCGGCUCGGGCUCCGUGCUGCGGUCGGGCAACCGCUUCGACCUCGUGCUCAACUGCGUGGCGGCCAUCUUUGUGCUCGAGCUCGGCGAGGUCACCUACGCGCUGCUGCUGCCGCGCACCAUCAAGAACUCGACGGCAGGGCUGCCGCCUCUCAACCGGGUGGGCAGCGAGGGCGGGGCGGUGGCGUCGGCCUUGCGCAAGUACGGCACGCUCUUCUUCUUCUGGAUCGUCAUCGCCGCCACCGCCGUCGUCGACGUCCCCCUCUACUACUUCUGGUGCAAUUGGUCGGUCGACUGAGCGCGAGCCGCGCGGGCGCGUGCUAGGAGUUGGGGUCGUCCACCCGGGCCCGUGUGUGGCGCUCUGAGACGGCUCUGUGUUGCUUUCAAGGUAAAGGGUACCCCGUAUGC